AUGGCGGAUGAAGCACAUACACCCAUGACUGAUAGCGGUUCAAAGAAGAACAUCUUCAAACUCUUACGUGUGAAACACGUUACGGGCAUCUUAUCUUUGGCCUCGUUCGUUUUCUCCAUCCCGAUCCUCGCCUCCGUCACCUGGUUGCUCUACAUGAAGAGCUACGACUGCGAGUGGCUCAUCAAGUUGCCUCAUUUGCAGAUUGCCAUCAGCAUCGGGUUGAUCUUCGUGUUCUUGAUUUGCAACGGCGUGCUCUUCUUGAGAACCCGGUUGCCCAUGGUGGGGAUCAUCGUCGUCAUGGUUCCCUUGACGUUGAUGUUCACCGUCGGCCUCGCUCUCCUCGGUGCUAACAGCUUGGAAUCCCGGAAGAUCCCGGCGACGCCGUUGUGGUUCAAGAUGAAAGCCGACGACGAUGGCCUUUGGAACAACAUCAAAGGUUGCAUUUACAACGUUCAUGUCUGCCAAGAUUUAGCCGCAUCAUCGAUGCCGGUCAAACCACACGGUUUCGACAAGAAGAAACUAUCAUCCGUCGAGUUGGGAUGUUGCAUGCCGCCUGAAGAUUGCCACAUGCAGUACGUGAACACCACUUUCUGGCAAAAACAAGAUAAUGAAACAGAUUCAUCGGGCAAUGCCGAUUGUAAUGCAUGGAAUAACAAUAGGGAUGUUUUAUGCUACAAUUGCCAAAGCUGUAAAGAAGGUUAUGUCAAAGCAUUGCAAAGCAAAUGGUCAAAGCUUGGGGUGUUUUUAGUUUCCAUGGCGGUGUUUCUUAUCACUUGUCAUCUGGCUCUGUUCCUCGCCACCAUGUGGGAACUCCACUGUACAUCUUAGAGCAGAGAGGAAUGCACCAAAACUUCAUUUUCUUUUUUGGUAAUUGAU